UUCAGACCUGGCUUUACAUCACUUUUCAUCGUCAGUUAUUAAAAGCAGUUGGUUUUAUCAAUUUUGUUGAAAAACAGUAUGAAAUUACAACUGUUAAAUUUGCUAAACUAUUUUAUGGAACAUGGAAGAUAAAGAGCAUCAUGUUCACUUUAGUGGUGGAAGCGGGUUUGGAAAAGAUAACAAUAUUAUGAUACAGCCACAGCGACAUGGUUAUAUAGAUGCUCAUUUAGGGUUCUUGCAACUGUAUCACAGAUAUCACGUGGAAUUUUCAGUACCAUGGAACACAUGUAUUCAUCCAGGAGAAAAGACAGUAGCUCCAGUGGUAAUUGUAGAAAGUCAUAAUGCAAAUUGUCGCAUUGUUGAUUUUGCACAAGAAAAAGAUGGUUUAAGGUUAAAAGUAGAGCUAUUGGCACAUAAGGAGAAGAUAUUAAAGGAGGAUGUUGAAGUGAUGUGUUGUUCAUCAGGUACUCCACUGAAAAUUGUACUGAAUGCACGUGUGUUAGGUAAAGAUAAGGGUACACCAUUGUUGAGAAACGGCAUACGCAGUAUUGCCAUAGAAGGAACCAACGAAGAUGAAAUGUCUGAAUAAUGUUGCUUAUUAUCAAGCUGUCUUUAAAUGAUAAAUAUUUAAGCAUUUAAGUGCUAAAUACUAUUU